AAAUAUUAAAAAAAAAAAGAGAACGAACGAAAACAGAAGGUUUGGCUCCAAAAUAGCGAAUUUUAGGAACGGGAAUCCGACAAGAAGAUUGAAGGAUUUGAAUUUCUAGUUCUGAUCGAGAUCAUCGUGUUGUGAGAGAUUGCUGCUCAUCUCUCGUUGUCGGCUUUGUUUAUUGAUCUCUUCGCCAGAGCCUGGCUUUGCCCAGAGGAUUUGGUGUGGUUAUUGUACUUGUUUUUCAGGCUUGCUUCCUGAUUAUCUUUCUCAUCUGUUAAUUCAAUUAUCAGACAUUUCCUUUCAAUUAUUGGAUUUUGAGGGAAGUUAUCCAUCCAAGUGGAUUGUAUGGUACUCAGAUUUUGAGUUUUGGAUUGGUAUGGUUUUGUAAGAAAUGGUGUUUCAGAAAAGGUCAGACUAUGGAUCCUGUGGCUAUCCAAUCCCAGUGAUGCCUCAAGUUCCAAAAUCAGCCAGGGGUAAGCGGUCAGUUAGGAAGAAGGUCGAGGAGAGUCAGAUGUGUGCAUUUGACUUGCUCGCUGCUGUUGCCGGAGAUUUGUUACUAGAAAAGGAGAAUUUUUCAAUCCUGAAUAAUGCAACUGAAACACCUUGCCCUGCUUCUCCAAAGCAUACUGUCAAAGUAGAAAGUAAUAUGGAUAAACCAGUCAAACCUGAGCCUUAUGAUCAGGGAAGUUGUAAUAAGAGUGCAUUUGUUUCUGAGGUUUUAGUGCAAAGGCCAGUUAGCUGUCAAAUUAAAGGACAGUCAAAUUCUCCAAAAGCGACAAUCUCCGAACAUGCUUCUAUCUCUAUGAAGAAUGAUGGAUUCAGUAAGGAUGGUUUUUCCAAGCGUUCAGUGGAUGAUGGUAACAACAGAGAUUUACGAAGUUCUCCUGGAUUAGUCCCUUGGAAAUGCAGCAGUGGGAAAAAUUUUACUGGCUCUGCUGAAUCUUCUGAAGCUCAUAAAAUAUGUACUCUUGAGGAUCCAAUGGAAUUGGAUGUCAAGCCUCCGCUAUUUGUUAGCUCAGAUAGCAGUGUUGAGGCUCCUCUUUACAGUAAUCGCAUUGCUUGUGCUGUUUCCUCUCCCAAGUCGCGUAAUGCUGUUGUAGAUAGAGAUGAUGAUGAAAACUUGUUCAGGUGUACACAUCCUAGUAUGAUGACUUAUAGGGCAUCUAGGUUGCAGCGCGUAGGUAACCGUAGGAUAAGAAAACUUUUGGCGUCUAGGCACUGGAAGGCAGCUCUAACAACAUCAAAAGCUGGGGAGCUCGGUAACAAUGAUGCAGAAUCGAAACUUGUGAGGAAGAUGUGUUACACUCGUCAAAGGGUGCAGAGAUCUUCGUUUAAAAGAAGAAAGGUAUUUGGGGGCUGCUCAAUUCCUGCAUCUAAAGGAGUCAGCAGUAAGGAAGGCAUAUUUUCACUUGGAAAGGGUGCCUUUAAGACAGAAGUCAGUGAUUCAUGCACAACUCCUCGUGGAGCUAAUGGACAAUUGUCCUCCAGGAUUGGUCAGAAAGCAUUAUGUGAAUCAGGAGAUUUUCAUGUUAAAUUCAGCAUCAAGUCCUUUAAGGUGCCAGAACUUCUAAUUGAGAUUCCUGAAACUGCUACUGUUGGUUCACUCAAGCGGACAGUUAUGGAAACAGUGACUGCUUUUCUAGAAGGUGGACUUCAUGUGGGAGUGCUACUGCAAGGAAAGAAGGUUAGAGAUGAUAACAAAACCCUGCUUCAAGCCGGAAUAUCUCAUGGUGAUAAGAUAGAUAACUUGGGUUUUACACUUGAACCAAACCUUAGACAAGCCCCAGAAACUCUCACUGGCCCAGAACAUCCCCACUUGUUACUUCCUUGCGAUACUGUCGAGCCACAACCACUGAGCAGGAUUCCAGCCAUAACAGCUCCAACUUCUGUUUCGAGGCCAUCUGCCGUGGAACCUAUAUUAACAUCUCUAGGUCCUGAAAGUGAUCAUGAUUCGGUUCACUCUCCAACUUCUGAAUCGGUCCAAGAUAAUCCUACGGCAACAAACUCCAGAGCUCUGGUCCCAGUUCCAGACAUGGAUGUCAAGGCACUGGCAGUAGUACCUCUCUGCAAGUCAAAAAGGUCUGAGCUUGUCCAGCGACGUAUCAGAAGACCCUUCACCGUCUCUGAAGUCGAAGCACUUGUUCAAGCUGUUGAAAAGCUCGGAACUGGAAGAUGGAGAGAUGUUAAAAUCCGGGCAUUUGAUCACGCUAAACACCGAACAUAUGUUGAUUUGAAGGAUAAAUGGAAGACGUUGGUUCACACGGCGAAGAUAUCACCUCAUCAGCGGAGGGGAGAACCGGUCCCUCAAGAGCUCCUUGACCGAGUGCUCUCCGCCCACGCCUACUGGUCCCAGCAGCAGGCCAAGCUCCAAAUGAAAACUUCUCCGGCCGAAGCUCGCCUUCUGCUCUAACUCACAACCACAAAAGAACUUCAACUGUACUAUAGAAUCUCCAUACAUUCAAUCUCACAGUCACAUUGUGAAUCCUCAGCAGGAGAUUGCUUGCAAGAGGAAAAAUAAAGAUUAGCCUCUCACUAACACAUUCAUCCACACACACACACACACACACACACUCAUCUGAUUCAAUUGAUUUUUUCAGCAAAGAUUGUUUUCAUCUUACAACAAAGAAAGAUGAAUUGUUGCUGAUUGUUUGAUGUCUGUUCUUUUCUGUAAUUCUAUUGUUGUUUUUACUGUCAAAUUCUUGUACUAAACAUUGUAACAAUGUUCCUCAACAUUUUAUCUAAUUCAUUUAAU